AUGGACAAGCCUUUGUGGUUGCGCUGGCUUAGGGUCUACAUAGCCGGUGGUGCUAUUAUUGGCGUCGGAGCUGUAUUGUUUAAGUACACAACCCCCACAGAUGAAGAGCUCAUCAACUCGCUAUCACCGGAACUAAGGCUGCAGUAUGAGCGCGAGCGUCAACUCCGUCAGGCCGAACAAAAAGAAUUGAUGAACAUCGUCCGGGAAACAGCCAAAAGUGAUGAUCCUAUAUGGAAGACUGGCGCUAUCAAUUCGCCCUGGGAGAAGAACAGCAGCGAGCAAUCCCGCGAACAAUUUCAAAGGGUGAAAGCGGAAGAGAUUCAGAAGGAAGAGCUGCAGCGUAUUAGACAAGAGUUGCAGCAGAUUAGAGCAGAUAGCGUUGCAAAAACACAGGAAGAGGUUAAAAAAAGCGCCGGGUGGAAGUUUUGGUAA